AUGAAGGAGCUCAGUGACGAAGACAGGCUCGUCGUCGAACUCCUCGGUUUGCUCGAUGAGUACACCCAGCUCCAAGUGGCCAAUCGCCAGCGGUGGAUCGAUGGCUACGUCAACUUGUCCCGAGCCAAUUACGCCCACCACACGAAGCAAUACGGUAUGGAUCGCUACGACCUAAGGGACCACCAGGCCCAAUUUACCGUGAAAAAACCGGUCGAAUUGAAUGACGAAUCAAAUGAAACUAAUACCGAAACGUCUAAGGAAACGGACCAAGUGCUGGAGGUCCGCAAUCGCCAUGCUCUGGAGAAGAAAGCGACGACCACCCAAACUAACGAUGCCCUCCGCCAGUUUGGCGUGCUUGUCCCGAAAGAGCUUCGCCAGGCGCAACUGAGGUUUCAGGAUGCCGUCGAAGUCUCAGUGGAUAUUGCUCGAUUGGGACAACGUAUCCACCAGAUUGUUGAUCAGUUAAUGCCCCUCCACGAAGCCAUCAUCGCCAAGCAAAAACAAGAAAAAGAAGCUAAACAAGAUGAGAGCGACGAGAUAGAGAAGGCAGAGACUACGACAAAUGAAGCUGAAGAUAUUGAAUCACCGUCAUCACCGCUAAACACAGAAGAGCCAAAGAGGACGACCAAAUGCAAACCAAAGAAUGAGGCAAUUGCAACAGACAAGCCAGAGUCCAAGUCUAUUGAAACCAAGCAAACCAUAUCAGAGUCAAAACUUGAGGAAUCGACUACACUGAAACCAACGACGGAAGUGGACUCCAAGCUACAAAAUUUGAACCUAAGUGAAUCACUACCUCAAUCUAUGGACUCCAAUCCCACUACUCCAUCAUCAUCAUAG